CGGGAUAUUGUAGAAAAAGUCCAUAGUCCAAUAACAAAUUUAUGCAAAUCAUCUUUUGAUCGGCACUGUGUCGCCCUCAUCGCAAUGCACGGUAUUCUCAGGGACUAAAGUAUCAAAUAGCUUUUCAAGAGAUCACUGGAGUUUCUAUGAGUGUUUCGUAUAUAUAAGACUACUUGUGAAAUAUGUCGAUGCUGUUGAUCAAGAGCUGAUAGAUAAAGCCAAUUUAAACCGAAUGUUAUCAGUUUGCUUUCAUUAUCGAGUCAAUAGCCAAUGAUACAUGUAUUCGAGUAUCAGAAUAGCAUCGUAAAAAGUUGCUGAGUCAACCGGAGGGAACAUUCAACAUAAAUCAGGUAUAUUGGAAAAAUUUAAAUUUAGAGCGAGCUAUAAGGAUCGAUCGAGAAGAUAAUAUGGCAGAAAAAGAUAUCAAAGAUAAAACUACCAAUGCUGCUCCUCCCAAAUUUUUUACACGGGCAGAAGUGGCAGAACACGUCGGAUCUACAAAUACAUGGAUUAUAAUCCACAACAAAGUCUACAACGUCACGUCUUUCCUGAAUGAGCGUGCAGCCCUGUAUGCAUGCUGCUCGUUGCUUGCUGUCUUUAGAAAUCAGUUGUUACUUAUUGUUCUUAGGGCAUCUUCAAAACAUCCUGGUGGUGAAGAAGUACUUUUAGAACAAAACGGACAAGAUGCAACCGAGGCUUUUGAAGAUAUUGGACAUUCGACUGAUGCAAGACAAUUGAUGGAAACAUUCAAAAUUGGAGAAUUAGUGGAAGAGGAAAAAGUAAAAGAUGCAAAAAAGAAGUCUAUAUAUUGGUCUAACGACAACCCUGAUGAAGAGAAUUUCAGUGGUUCUUGGCGCUCCUGGUUAAUCCCAAUUGCGCUCGGAGUGCUGGCCACCCUCGUCUAUCGCUACUUCAUCAGUACACAUUAAAAAGAAUUCCAACCGAGGUCCAAUUGGUUCCCUCUUCUUCACGUUACUUGUUAAUAUGUAUACCGACCAUCGAACAGCUGUACAAUAGAUCGGUCCAAAUGUAUAUCAUACAAUAUUGUAAUUGUUUCUUAUGAAACGGAUAGCGCUUGCUGGCCUAGCAUUUAAAAACCGAAAGGAAAAGCCGACGAUAUAUGUAUGUAUUAUAUCAAUGAAUACAGUGAAAACGCGCAUUUAUAUAUUUGUAUGUAUACGUUUGACAGUGCAUAUGUACGUCGCACAACGCAUGGACAUGUAUGCACAUGUCACAUAUUACGCAGACAUCGUGAAGUAUAUUGUGUUGAGGAAAAAAAUAAACUAAUUUAAUUCCAUAGAAA